AUGGUAUUAUGGGGUAUGCAAGUGAAUGUUCGUGAGCAUAGAAUGCAAAGUAACAUGGGCGAUCUUGAAUUCCCAGGUAACGAGUGUCAUGGAGGAAACAAGACAAUAAUUGUUCGUGCGGAGAUGGGAAAAAGUUCUAUCUGGCGUGGUAAUGAAAUCUGCCUAAUUGCCAUAUAUGACCAAUAG